UUCUUCUUUAUUAGAGAGUAUCCGUGGCAAAUGGCGGAUGCUGAAUACGCAAACUGUGUACGCGGUUAAAAUAUCGCUUUCCAUCGAUAAAACAAAGCAGUAAAAAUCUAAGUACUUAAAUUUCCUAUUGAAAGAAAGGUCCAUUAUUGAAUAUCAAUGAUGUAUGGACAAGAUGAAGAGGUUGGUUACGAAGGGGAAGAUGACACUGAUGACCUCACCACCGACCUCUGGCAGGAGGCAUGCUGGAUCGUCAUAUCCGCGUACUUCGACGAGAAGGGCCUGGUGCGACAGCAGUUGGACUCGUUUGACGAGUUCAUCCAGAUGUCUGUACAGAGGAUCGUGGAGGACACGCCGCAGAUCGAGCUGGUUGCCGAAGCCCAGCACAAAGCCGGCGUCGUGGAGUCUACACCCCAGUACCUGUUGAAGUUUGAGCAGAUCUACCUGUCCAAGCCGACCCACUGGGAAAAAGAUGGAGCCCCUAGCCCCAUGAUGCCCAAUGAAGCACGCCUCAGGAAUCUCACGUAUUCGGCCCCUUUGUACGUUGACAUCACGAAGACGGUUGUGAAACCUGACGAGGACCCUGUGGAGACCCAGCACCAGAAAACGUUCAUCGGCAAGAUUCCCAUCAUGCUUCGCUCCACAUACUGCCUGCUCAGCGGACUCACGGACCGUGACUUGACUGAGCUCAACGAGUGCCCCUUGGACCCCGGGGGUUACUUCAUAAUUAACGGGUCAGAGAAAGUGCUGAUUGCGCAAGAAAAGAUGGCCACCAAUACAGUGUAUGUGUUCAGACAGAAGGACUCGAAGUACGCCUUCAAGACAGAGAUCCGCUCAUGCCUGGAGCAUUCAUCCCGGCCCACCAGUACACUGUGGGUGAACAUGAUGGCCAGGGGUGGACAGGGUGCAAAGAAGAGCGCCAUAGGUCAGCGUAUCAUCGCUAUCCUGCCGUACAUCAAACAGGAGAUCCCUAUCAUUGUAGUGUUCAGAGCACUGGGUUUCGUGUCUGAUCGCGACAUCCUGGAACACAUUAUCUACGACUUUGAUGACCCUGAGAUGAUGGAAAUGCUUAAACCAUCGCUGGACGAAGCAUUUGUGAUACAAGAACAGAAUGUGGCCUUGAACUUCAUUGGUUCCCGCGGUGCGAGGCCAGGUGUGACAAAGGAGAAGAGGAUCAAAUACGCGCGUGAGAUCCUCCAGAAGGAAAUGUUACCCCAUGUUGGUGUGAGCGACUUCUGCGAGACUAAGAAAGCCUACUACUUGGGGUACAUGGUGCACCGGUUGUUGCUGGCCGCCCUGGGACGUAAAGAGGAGGAUGAUCGUGAUCACUAUGGCAACAAGAGACUUGACCUUGCAGGACCACUGCUGGCCUUCCUAUUCAGAGGUUUGUUCCGCAACCUCAUGAAGGAGGUGAGAAUGUAUGCACAGAAGUUUAUCGACCGAGGAAAAGACUUUAACUUGGAGCUUGCCAUCAAAACAAGGAUCAUCACAGACGGGUUGAAGUACUCCCUGGCCACGGGGAACUGGGGAGACCAGAAGAAAGCUCACCAGGCUCGUGCUGGUGUAUCACAGGUGUUGAACCGACUGACAUUCGUGUCCACACUGUCCCACCUGCGUCGUCUCAACUCGCCUAUCGGCCGUGAUGGUAAACUGGCCCGCCCUCGACAGCUUCACAACACUCUGUGGGGCAUGAUUUGUCCUGCAGAAACACCAGAGGGUGGGGCUGUAGGCCUGGUGAAGAAUCUGGCCCUGAUGUCGUACAUCUCUGUGGGCUCCCAGCCGUCGCCCAUCCUGGAGUUCCUGGAGGAAUGGAGUAUGGAGAACCUGGAGGAAGUGGCACCCUCCUCCAUAGCUGAUGCAACAAAGAUCUUUGUGAAUGGCUGCUGGGUGGGCAUACAUCGGGACCCAGAGCAGCUGAUGUCCACACUGAGAAAACUGAGGAGAGAAAUGGACAUCAUUGUGUCAGAGGUGUCCAUGAUAAGAGACAUGAGGGACCGGGAGAUCCGUAUCUAUACGGACGCUGGGCGUAUCUGUCGCCCACUGCUCAUCGUGGAGAACCAGAAACUGCUGAUCAAGCAGAGCCAUAUCAAGCAGCUGAAGCAGAGAGAGUACAACAACUACAGUUUUGGACGAGAGCAUGUAGACCCAAUGCAUUGGCAGGACCUAGUGGCCAGUGGUGUGGUUGAGUACAUCGACCCCCUGGAGGAGGAAUCCAUUAUGCUAGCCAUGACCCCUAAUGACCUCCACAGCGACGAGGUGCAGUACUGCUCCACCUACACACACUGCGAGAUCCACCCCGCCAUGAUACUGGGAGUGUGCGCCUCCAUCAUACCCUUCCCUGAUCACAACCAGUCGCCCCGUAACACCUACCAGUCAGCUAUGGGUAAGCAGGCCAUGGGCGUGUACAUCACAAACUUCCACGUGCGCAUGGACACGCUGGCCCACGGGCUGAUGUACCCACAGAAGCCCCUGGUGACGACCCGCUCCAUGGAGUACCUACGCUUCAGGGAGCUCCCUGCGGGUAUCAACUCCAUUGUCGCAAUUUCAACAUAUUCCGGAUACAAUCAAGAGGACUCUGUGAUCUUGAACCAGUCGGCCAUAGAGAGGGGAUACUUCAGGUCCUUCUUCUUCCGUUCCUACAAGGAUUCCGAGUCCAAGAAGGGACUGGACCAGGAGGAGGUGUUUGAGAAACCAACACGGGAAACUGUUCAAGGAAUGCGUCCUGCGAUCUACGAUAAGCUGGAUGAGGAUGGAAUCAUCGCCCCUGGGGUCAGGGUGUCUGGCGACGACGUGCUGAUCGGCAAAACUCUCACCCUACCUAUCAGUGAUGAUGAGUUGGAGGGUACACAGAAGAGGUUCUCCAAGCGGGAUGCCAGUGUGUUCAUGAGACGCAGCGAAACAGGCAUCAUAGAUCAGGUGAUGGUGACCAUCAAUCAAGAGGGCUACAAGUUCUGUAAGAUCCGUGUACGGACUGUGAAGACUCCACAGAUUGGCGACAAGUUUGCCUCGCGACACGGACAGAAGGGAACCUGUGGCAUAACGUAUCGCAUGGAGGACAUGCCAUUCAGUUGCGAAGGAAUAUGUCCUGACAUCAUCAUCAAUCCACACGCCAUUCCCUCCAGAAUGACCAUUGGUCACUUGAUUGAGUGCCUACAGGGCAAGGUGGCGGCCAACAAGGGAGAGAUAGGUGAUGCCACGCCCUUCAAUGACGCCGUCAAUGUACAGAAGAUCUCCAACUUGCUGCACAAGUAUGGAUACCAGCAGAGAGGCAAUGAGGUGCUGUACAAUGGUUUCACGGGUCGCAAACUCAAUGCCCAGGUGUUCCUGGGGCCCACAUACUACCAGCGUCUCAAACACAUGGUGGACGACAAGAUCCACUCCCGUGCCCGUGGGCCACUGCAGAUCCUGAACAGGCAGCCCAUGGAGGGCAGAUCCAGGGACGGUGGUCUUCGUUUUGGUGAGAUGGAGCGUGACUGUCAGAUCGCCCACGGCGCUGCGCAGUUUCUUCGGGAACGUCUUUUUGAGGUGUCUGACCCGUACCGUGUUCACGUGUGCAACCUGUGCGGCCUCAUCGCCAUUGCAAACCUGCGCAACCAGACGUUUGAGUGCCGGGGUUGCAAGAAUAAGACUCAGGUGUCCCAGAUACGUAUACCGUAUGCCUGCAAGCUGUUGUUCCAAGAACUGAUGUCCAUGAGCAUCGCACCAAGAAUGAUGGUCACCUGAACACAGAGCAUUGUCAUCUGAACACAGAGCUGUUUGCUUCCAGUUUACCGAACGUGGAUAAUUUGAACAUGGUGUUUUGGCGGGUGGUUUGGCAUGAUAAUGUUAACACAGAACCUUCAAGUGUUGGUCAUGCCAACUUGUUUAAUGUGGUGCAUAGGUCUAAAUGUGUAGCUUUUUUUAUUUUCCUGAACAUGUUCUUGAAGAAAAUUUCUGGGCAACAGUGUUUUAAAUCAAAAUUGACAGAGACAUCUAUGUUGACAGAUGGACCAUCAGAAAUUGUAUUUUUAAUUAGUCGUCCAAAUAAGUGUAUACUACAUUUUUACACAAAGUGUUAAAGCUGAAAAUUGUGUGCGUACAUGAAAACUUACACAUGUGCAUCUUAUAACAAAACAAGUUUUUAACAUUAUCUUAUUCUCUUUAUAUCUUCUAAGAGAAUCGAUAACGCAUUAUUGAAUACAUAACAUGCAUGUGCAUUUUACUAUUGAUACUAAGAACAUAUAUAUAAAAAUAAAGUUGUUUCAAAAGGGGCUGAUACAGCAAAGCCUGUUUCACUAAAUGGGUGAACUUCUUGAAGAGCAUUUCAUUAAACUAUAGGUAAUGUUCUAAGAACUUGUCGUAUUGUAUCAAAAAUGGGGAUUAAAUUGUCAUAUUUCCACAUUUCUUAUCAUAAUUGUCUGAAAAAAAUGAAAGUGUGAAGAUUUGUUGUAACAUGGCCAUUCUUUUCCAGUUUAUUAUCUAUUGGCAACUAGUUUGUCAAGUCAAAUAUGUGAAAACUGUUUGAGAAUCAGUGCAUGUAAAGUGUUGAUUUAAAGGAAUUACCAUAGUUAUAUAGAAUUAGCAAAAGUGAUGUCUGUUUCAUUGUCUUAACUUUGGAAAAUGAAGAAUUCUUGAAUGUGCUUGUUUUUGUAUGCCCCCGGAUUGAAUGAUUGGGAGUAUAUUGUGUUUAGCCUGUCAUUCUGUCCCAAAACUUAACCCUUGGUCAUAACUUUUGCAAAAUUGAAGAUAGCAACUUGAUAUUUGGCAUGCAUGUGUAUUUCAUGGAGCUGCACAUUUUGAGUGGUGAAAUACCAAGGUCAUCCUUCAUUGUCAAAGGUCAAAUAUGGCUUCAAAUCGGCGCAGUAGGGGGCAUUCUGUUUCUGACAAACACAUCUCUUGUUAAACUUGUAAAUGUUCUUCAAUCAGUUUUAAAAUUAAAGCACAGUCUUGUGUGAUUUAGUAAAAAUAUUCACAGAUUAUGGUAACAAGCAGUGUUUUUUUUUUGUACAUCAAUAUUUAUAUGUUUAUAAUUUUCAGAAUAUAAAUGAUUGAAAUAUAUUAAUUAUAUAUCUUUUAAUAUUUAAUAUAACUUUUUGUCUAAACUUUGAAAAAAUAAUUUGCCAAAUUUAAAGUAAAAUGUUUAGUAAAGAUUGCUUAUUUGUCCAAUACAAAUUUUGCAAAAAAAUCUUUAAACAUCA